AGUUCUCGCCACGUAAAUGGCAGCACACAUGUAAAUGUUAUUGUUCGAUUUCCCGCGAAGAGGUUCGGUGUUCUUACGGCUCUUUUUUUCGAACGUCGUUAGAGAACGAACAUGGCCGCGUCCUUGUCGACAAAGACGUGAAAACAAGAUUCAGGGAUUUAUUUGUCCAUCAUCAACAACAUCGGUUCUUCUACCUGUUAUCCCUCAUUUCUGGAACGUUUGGACGAUGCUUGGUUUUAUUACGUAACUAUCGUCUGCACGUGAUUGAUGUUGUCCUGGCAACGACGGACAAUGAGAGUGUGCCAUAUGGGAGACUAGUAGUGUGGAGGUUUUCUACAGGGACCAACGAUGAGUUUAAAGACCCUGUACUGCGUGUCGGUGGUGCUGUGUGUCCUCGGCUCUGUCGUGUCCGUGUACUCAACAGCAGCCGGACAGUCGGGCAGUCCAUCUGAACCGACGUCUCCCAAAGCUUCCUCACAAAGUGACGAGUCUCAACGCCUGAAGAGACAACAAAUUCGGUCCUUGUCAGAAAACUGUCCGUAUGAGUGCGACUGCAACCCAGGCACACUGCAGUGUAGUCAAAGCGUCACUAGGGGGAGUCUCACAGAAGUGCCCGACAGACUCGGAAGCUUCACCAAAGCACGACAGUCCAAAACAUUAAAUUUUGAGGGAAAUUCAAUCACCAGGAUUUCUGACGACGACUUUUUCGGCCUAAGCCAGGCGAAAACACUAAAUCUGAGACAUAAUCAACUGACGGUGGUGACCCCUGAUGCCUUCGAAGGACUGGGUUCUCUGCGUGAACUCUCUCUUGACUAUAACAAGAUCAGAGACCUGCCCGUCGACAUAUUUGAUCCACUGGUCAACCUGAGAGUUCUAGAUCUGUCUCACAACGAGCUGACCUUGGAUGACCCCGAGGACACACCCUUUCUGACGUCACAUGGCCUUCAACACAUCCAGACACUAGACCUGAGUAACAACGCUGUCCAGGCGCUCUGGGAUUUCACGCUGGCGGGACUGGAACAGCUGACCACUCUCAUUCUUGACGACAACCCGCUGCAAGACGUUCGGCGGAAUGUCUUCGCCAGGACACCUAGUCUCCAGGAACUGUCCCUGGUGGAUGUGGGUCUACAACCCGAGGUUCUUCUCAGAGAGCUGGGUAACCUCCCUAACCUCAAACGCAUUCACCUUGGUAACGGACGUGACCCGUGCGGCUGCGCAUGGGCAAAGCUGAAAGCGAGGCUGAAGAAGGGAGGCGUGGUUAUUGUAGACCAAGACGCGGUGUCCGAGUGUGGAGAGGGAGGUCUGAGAGUUUGUGUCGACACGGAGUCUAAGAAUGCCGUUAGGAAAGACGAUGUCCCGAACAAUAACAAAGCAGUCAAGCUGUCGUGGAAGUCAGUCAACUAUGGUCCGCCAUCUGAGAAGCACAGCAGUGCUCAGAACCCACCACUAGAAAAGGGCUUCAAUGGCUAUAAACCUAAGAAGACAACACCAUCUCAACUCAAGGACAGGCUCUUACAUACAGAAGGCAAGGAAAGAGUGAGUUCUAGAACCGACACCUUGCCAUGGCGGCACCCCGGCAAAAUGAAGGCACCCGCGCAGGACCGACUAUACUCCAACGUGGCGUCGGAAACAUCUGAGAAGCACAGCAGCGCCCAGAUCCCACCGCUAGAAAAGGGUUUCAACGGUUAUAAACCUAAGAAGACAACGACAUCUCAACUCGUAAACAUCGUUAAAGACAUGCUCCUACAUACAGAAGGUAAGGAAAGUGUGAAUUCUAGAACCGACACCUUGCCAUGGCGGAACAUCGGCAAAAUGAAGGCACCCGCUCAGAACGAUGCCCAGAACAAGAACAAAGCAGUGAAGCUGUCAUGGAAGUCACUCAACUAUAGUCCGCCAUCUGAGAAGCACAGCAGUGCCCAGAACCCACCACUAGAAAAGGGCUUCAAAGGCUAUAAACCUAAGAAGACGACGUCAUCUCAACUCGUACGUAUCGUCAAGGACAGGCUCUCACAUACAGAAGGUAAGGAAAGUGUGACAGGAACCGACACCUUGCCAUGGCGGCACCCCGGCAAGAUGAAGUCACCCGCUCAGGACCAACUAUACUCCAAGGAAAGUGUAAGUUCUGGAACCGACGCCUUGUCAUGGUGGAACCCCGGCAAGAUGAAGUCAUCCGCUCAGGACCAACUAUACUCCAAGGAAAGUGUAAGUUCUGGAACCGACACCUUGCCAUGGUGGAACCCCGGCAAGAUGAAGGCACCCGCUCAGGUGGCAUCGGAAAAAUCUCCCGCCAGCUUUCCUUGGUGGCAUCCAGAUUACGUCAGGACGUUUCAGGGAUUCGGGAUGAUGAAAUCGCCGAUGUCUGAGAACGAAGUAGAACCUUGGUGGCAUCCGGAAUAUGAUAGUGUACACCAAGCACGUGGACAGCAUUUUCAGUUCGUUCCUCAAAAGCACCCGACAUCAACUGGUUUCUACAAAACUUCAGCGAGACAGAGUCAAACAUAUGGUACGCCAAGCAGAACUGGUCAUCGCAACGCAUACAACAGAGCAAAGUCAUCAAUGGAAAGUUAUGCCGACGUGGUCAAGUCUCUUUAUGGAAGCCCGCACAGAAAUGGCAACUACGCCCGGCCCAACCAGUACGGUAGAAGUGGACUCCAAGAUAACAGUCGCAGUCGUCCGGCCAUCGGUCGACCUCUUCACGAAUAUGUGCACGACAAAGACAGUGGAACACAGCACAGAAAGUCUGUGCAUUCACCCACAGUAUCUUCAUACCGUACUAAAUACGUCCACUAUGACCAAGACAACGAUUUAUAUGAGACACGGUCCAGACAAGUCCAAAACAACCCGAGUCAAAAUUACGUUGACAAAAAGUUGCAGCACCACAACCACAUCAAAAACAUCUUGACAGAAAUCAAGAAAACAAGCAACUACGUCCGGCCCGACCAGUACGGUAGAAGUGGACUCCAAGAUGACAGUCGCAGUCGUCCGGCCAUCGGUCGACCUCUUCACGAAUAUGUGCACGACAAAGACAGAGGAACACAGCACAGAAAGUCUGGGCAUUCACCCACAGUAUCUUCAUACCGUACUAAAUACGUCCACUAUGACCCAAACAACGAUUUAUAUGAGACACGGUCCAGACAAGUCCAAAACAACCCGAGACAAAAUGACGUUGACAAAAAGUUGCAGCACCACAACAACAUCAAAAACGUAUUAACAGAAAUCCAGAAAUCGAGCAUUUCUUUGGGAGGAAGGAAGAUGCUUAACUAUAUGGGAAAUGGGAGGAAGGCCGGCCGACAUGGCUCCAGGAAGAAAGGCGAGCAGACAGACGAGAUGUCUCAAAGGGAGCACGGACGUCGUGGCGGGAACGAAUGGCUGUACGACUUAUGGAAACGGAAAGCGUCUGAAAAAGCUGCCAGCGAAAGAGAAACUGCACUCGAUGACAGCCAGUAUCUAAUGAAAGAGGAAGAGGAGGACUUUAAAAGAUUGAGGGAGAAAGUAAAGAAGUUGAGAACGAAGAUUCACCGCAUGGAAGAACUUGAAGAGGAGAGGAGAGAGUACGGUGAAAAGAAACAAGUUUCUUCCAAAUCUAAGCCCAAGGAAUCAGAAGCGCCCCCUGACAGCCGGGCGAGGAGGUACAUGGUGCCUAUCCUGUUACCCUUCGCCUGCGUCGUGGUGGUGCUCGUCAUUGCUCUGGUCGUCAAGCAUCUCAGCUCUCGCCGCCAAGGCGCUCAAAAGGAGGAGGGUGACGACCAGUGUGACUGGCUGACAAAAUUCACGAAAAAGGCGAAGAAGAAAGUCAAGAGACCUAUCUGGGCGCUGGGUCGGGGCGAAAAACAGCUGAAGAUCAACCGGAAACAGGCCAUGAGUCUGGCCGGCGACCAGGAGGACUCUGAAGACGAAGAACUGUUCGAUGUCAAAGAAGAAAAAUCAGUUCCCUUCAAGGCUUACAGAAAAAGCCGACAGUAAGGAAGGAAACAACAACUCUGUGGAUUUCUGCCUUCUCAACCCUUCCACAUCAGCAUCCUACAGUUUCCUGUAACUCCACGUCUUCACACAAUAUUUCAACGUGAUGUUAAGAACCGGACCCGAUACAACGAUGACUGUUCCACAAUGACUAUACCCUGCUAGAAACAUUUACAUGGCCACCUGCCACUACAGAAGCAUUCCAGUGAACCGGGAACAAUUACUGAUGUUGAAGAAGACUUUGUCACAUACCCACGACUCUGCGCCGUUCCAAGGCUAAUACAUGCACAUGUGUAUGUUUUACUCUAGAAUGGAGGAAAGCACUCAACCAACCAACUGGAAGUAUUUUGCUGAUACUAGUAGUAGUUUCAUUUAUUUGUAACAAUGCCACACAUGAAAUCAGACAUUAAGAUGAUCUUCAAAAAGUUUGUAUGAUGCCUCCUCUUCUUGAAGCUUUUAUGACAUUUAUCAUAUCCUCAUAUACCACAACUUUCACUUCAAUUACGAUCAAUCAAGAGCAAUAAAAAUGGCAGAGCAU